AUGGGUUCAACUGCAUAUUUAAUUGCAAAAAACUUGAAGCAACUUAAAAACCUGCGUUUUCCAACCCCGGCAUCGAUUGCUGGAGCGGUUGCAUUAGACGUAGGCAUCCACGCGACUCGCUUAGCCUACCAGUACGGGGUUGCCAAUGAAACCAGUCAGGAUCGAGCUGAAAUGUUGGCUUGGCGAUUAUUAGAUUUAAGAAGGAAAUAUGAUUACCUUCGUGUGGUGGGCCAUUCUCUUGGCUGUAGACAUAUCGUAGAAGCGUGCUCAUUAAUGAGCCCAGAAGAAAGACCAGACUCCAUUCAUUUAUGUGCUCCCGCUUUGGUUGCACCAGAUAUUGUGAAUCAGAUCCGUAAAGAUACAGGCGGUCUGGGUCGCAUCAAGACGAUAGUGUAUCAUUCAAAAAAAGACAUUACUCUUGGUAUUUUAUUGAGAGCCAUUUUAAAGGGCGAGCAAUCCAUAGGGGAAAUCGGCUUACCGGAUCAAGUUGGAUUUGAAAAAGACUGGAUGGAUCCAACCGUUACUUCCGUCGAUGUCAGUAAAUCUUUAGGCGGUUUUUAUGUUGGUGCUCAUACGGAUUAUGCCGAGAAAUUUCAUUAUUUUGCAAAGCCCUUUUAGAACAAAUAAAGAAAAUGAGACCAUGUACUGUCUCUGAAAAUAUUUC